CACUCAMUCACGGGCUCUGCCUAUGCAUUAUCGUAUCAACGAUGUGUACGUACUGUAUCAUAGGUAUGUCAAGGUUUUCACGGUUGACAGCAAGAACACAUUUGCAUCGAGAGAGACGAGGGACAAGACGACGCGAUUGUGAUGCACGUCCUCCUGCCUGCGAUUCCGGUUCCGGUUUGUCCUGCGUUUCGAGUUUUGAUUCCUCGUACCAGUACUCGUACCUCUACUCGUAGAGAGUCGUAUAGUAUGGAGGGUGCGUACGAGUUACGGCAGCAGACAUGACAUGUAUUUAUUUCCAUUCUCGUCCAUUCCACGAAACCAAACGGAAGCAGCAACACCCCCGCCACUGUCAACAACAAGAGYAAAUAUUGACACCAACACGUUCCGUUCCAGCUAAUUCCACACUAWCGCAGUUUCUACGGUACCUGGAAGGUUUUCGUCCGGAACAAGCCAGAGACGACACUCCUUUGCCCGGCGUCCCGUCCCGUCCCAGCUGUCCAGAUCCGAAUCCGGAUCCGAUCUCCAACAAACACACCCACACAGCUACACACCCACACGCAUUCCCGGUCCCGAUCCCGCCCAAAAMAUGAGCAGCAGCGGCGGAGGCAAGCCCCCGGCCGCCAUGUCGUCCCAGAUGCAGGCCGUGAUGCGGGUCAUGACGGGCCAGGCGGAACGGACGAUCGCCGAGAAACUGGCGGAUUCGAACCGGCCCACCUGGGAACAGUACAAGAAGGACAACCACGACAAGCUCCACCUCGAGGGGGUCGACCAGAAGGAGAUGGAGGAGUACCGGAAGCAGCUCGACAGGGACCGGGAUUCCAAGCUGCUGAGGGGGACGAACCACCGGGGGGACCGCGAGCGCGAGCGCAAGAAGGCCGAMAARAAGAAAAAGAAGAAGGAAAAGAAGCGCAAGAGGUCCUCCCGAAAAAAAAAGAGCAGCCGCUACUAUUCCUCGUCGUCCUCGUACUCGUCCUCGGACGGGGAGSACUCGUCCCGCACCAGUGGMAACGAGGAAGGGGAAUCCCAYCGSAGGGACAGAGACARGGACAGAGACAGGAMCGGGGACGGCGAGGAGGACGGCAGAGACCGGGACCGAAAGCGCCGGCACAAGCGCAGCAGGCGCAGGCACCGCCGCGACUCGGACGACGAUUCCGACGGCGACAGCGACGGCGGGAGGCGGAAGCGAAAAAAGGCCAAGAAAAAGAAGGCCAGGCGCAAGAAGGACCGGAGCAGCGACGACAACGACGACGGGAACGACAGCGAGGGGAGCCACUACCGUCUCUCGAAAUUCUUUGACGACGRCGACGACGAGUAAGACCGGGAUGGAAACCGAACGGGCGCACCUUCUGUGUACAAGCAUGGUGCAUGGAUUCGAUCCGAUCCGAUGCGACGCAACGCGACGCGACCGCAACGUGGAAGGGUUCCUAAAAGUGGAAGCGAGCGAACGAUUGGCCGAACCAAGCCGGGGGCGCAGGGCCAACCGACCGUGGGAAAUCCGACAGGCGUGGUGGGUUCCGGCGCCGGCGACAAAGAAUGCCGGCGGUUGGGGGUUCGGAAACGAGCCACGAUCGGACUGCCCCGCCACGCAAACCACCCUACCGGAUCGCAAUAUCCAACCCAAUCCACCGAGAAACGAUUGCGGGUGGUGUUCCUACCUUCCUAACUACUAGUAGACGUGUCAGAUUACUACUAAAUAGAUUCAAACCACACCA